GGAAGUGAACUGUGAAACUUGGCGGAGCAGUGAGAAGGGAGUUGUGUUGACAUGUCUCUUCACAGAAACUGAUUCAGAAAGAUGUCCCGUUCGAGUUACCCUCGUUAGUUCAGUGCAGACGUUGUCAAGUCAACAGUAUAUUUUCAGAGGUUCACAAAAAGUCUGUUAGUUUGAAAUAAGGUGGACCAUUGCGAGACCGAGCUUCCUGAACAGAACCAACCGCUGAGGUAACCUACAACAGCAGAGGACGCCGAAGGUGAAAAUUUAAAGUUCACAAUAAGGACUAUUUGAUAGGAACACAGUUAAGGUCAACUUUAAGUGAGACUUUGCGGACUUUUAAAGAUGUCUCUGCUCGACCAGAGCCAGCAGUGGUUUCCAACGAGUGUCGUGGUAACGGUUCAUCAGGCUCGGAACCUGCGUAUCAAGGGGAAAAAUGGCACCAAUGACUCGUACGCCAUCAUCCAGGUGGCCAAAGACAAGUUCUCCACCUCGGUGGCGGAGAAGUGUGUCGCUCCGGUGUGGAAGGAGGAGGCUUCGUUUGACCUGCCGCUCUUCCACCCGGGAAACGCCGAGCGCUGCACCCUGUACAUCAUCGUCAUGCACCGGGCCCAGGUGGGACUGGACAAGUUCCUGGGCCAGGCUGUGAUAAACCUGCUGGAACUGCACGACAAUAAGUCCCGCAAAAAGACAGACUGGUACAAGCUGGUGGACAAGUCUGGAAAGGAGGACAAGGUGCGAGGGGAGGUGCUCCUAGAUAUCCAGUUCAUGAGAAACAACAUGUCAGCCAGCAUGUUUGACCUUUCGAUGGAGGACAAGCCGCGCUCUCGCAUCUCUAAGCUGAAGGACAAAGUCCGUGGAAAAAAGAAGGAGGGCCCCUCUGACUCGGUGUCUGCCAUCGUCCCCCCUGUCAGCCAGGUGCUCACAGACAGCGAGGGGGAAGCUGAUGCACAGUCGCUUAAUCAGACCUCUGUUGGAAAGAAGAAACCUAAAAUAAAGAAUCCCUUCGCCUCUAAAUCAAACUUGCAGCGUAACAUCUCCCAGUCCAUGUCCACACUCGGGACCCUCCCUGAAAAGAACUCGUCCCUCUCUGCCAGCCGCUCGUCUGGCCUCAAUAUCGAUUCCUCUGAAGGAAAAAAGAAAUUCAAACUCCUAGGACACAAGCGAACAGGCAGCUCUGACAGCAAGGUUUCUCUGGGUGGUUUCUCUUUACUGGGCCGCUCCAAGCAGAGCAACAGUGAGCUGAACAACCUGUGCAUCAACGGCAGCCAUGUCUACACUGAGGAACCAGAAGCUAAAACUGGAUCUACUCUCAGUCUGAACAGCUCAGGCCUAGGCUCGGUGGAGGAUAUCCACAAACACACAUCUGAUGCCUCUGCAGAUACCAAUAAAGGCACACAAGCACCCUUAUAUGGUAACACAUCCACAGAUAAAACUCUACAGGCGCAACAGCACCAUCAAGAGGAGGAGAAUAGAAGGCAGGCAGAGGAAAAGCGCAUCGCAGAGGCCAAGAGGCUGGAGGAAGAGGAGAAAUAUAAGGUAGAGGCCAGGAGACUGCAGGAGGAAGAGCAGAGAAGACAACAGGAGGAGCAGGAGAGGAGAAGACGCUAUUUGGAGGAUGAAGCCAGGAGAAAAAAACAGGAAGAGGAGGAAGAGCGCAGGAGGCUGGAAGCAGCUGAAAACCAGAGGCUUGAAGAGGAACGGCGAAAAGGAGAGGAGCACAAACACCAAGAGGAGGCCUCCAUGACUGAGAGGCUCACUUCUCUGUUCGGAAUGAUAAGAAAGAAGGAGGAAAAGAAGGACGACGUCCAUCAGCAGACCAAAGAGGAGCAGCCUCCUGUCGCAGCCCCUCGCACUGAGUCAGUGUCCCACAACACAAAUCCAUUCCAAGACAUCCCCGUCCACUCAGAUCCUCCAGCUGCCACCAACCAAAGUCCGUCUGAUCCCCUGAAAUUCAGCCGGAACCCACAAACGCCUUCUUCCACGGUCUUCCAAAACCGCACCGCUAAAGUGUCUGCAGUCAAACCCAGAUUGCCUCAAAUUUUGGAGUCUGAACCUGCUGACUACCAAAGCACCAGUCAGCCAUGUCCUUCCCCAAACCAAUCGGAGGCUACCCUCUCUAGCAUUUCCUUGGAGUCCCCUGAUACCUUCUCCAGCUUGCACUCAUCCGUGGCCCCCGCUAACGCCAGACAAAGUCCGUCCGGUUCUCCGCGUGGCAGCACAGAAGAUUUAUCGAUCGUCAAUUCUGAAGGAUCUUUUGACACCAUGGCGGAUCAGAGGAGAAGAUCACCUUUACCACCUUUGUAUUCUGGACACAGAACCCAUUCUGGAAGAGAUCAGGUUCCGGUCAGAGAGUUCAAGAACCCUGCUUAUGUAGAAGAUGAUGAUUCGCAGCAAAGAAAGGUUUCUCCACCGCUUCCAGAUUAUAAUACACUCUUUCCUCAGAAGAGACACGGAGUGCAGGGCGAAACUCGAUGGGAUAACUUAGUCUCAGAGUUCAGUAAGAAGCAUGGAGACUGUACACCUGAGCUUAUGGGUCCUGAGAUGAGUGUGGAUGGACCAGUGGAUCAGACGAGGUCUAGGUUUCACGAAAUGCAAGAAAAUCCUGAUAUCAGGAAACAUCAGGAGACCAAACCUGUGUCAACAAAGAAAUUUGCAGCCCCAGCUCCACCUCGGCAUUCUGCCUCUCAAGUCCCUCCUUCAGCGGUCGAGUCCGGUCAAAGACAUGGCCAGAAGGUCACGCCACACUCUCUCCUGAGGUCUCUUUCACCUACGUCUAAAACAACCACCACAGCAAGCAGCAGAACGUCAAAAGAUGAAGAAAGGAAGGAGCCGCAUUCCUCAGCUGCAGCCACACCUACAUCCAGACCACCCAGCAGAUCGGCUGCUGAUACAGCUCCAUUAGAUGAUCAAAGGAAACCACAAGUCUCCUCAAACAAGGAAGCACCGACCGCUAAACCCAGACAAAGGGUUAGUGGCACGGAGCCAGCCAAGCAGAAGGAAUCUGCUGUGAAGCCAAGCGUCCAAACCUCCAGUUUAAAUAUGAGCAGCAUGAACAAAAAGGAAAGGGAAAACUUUGCAAACUUUCUUCAGUAUUCCAACUCUGAGCGCCUAUCUCAAGACUCCAGAGGAAAGCUGAAGCCUGAUCAAGAAUCAGGAAAUGUGCGGAGAGAGCAGACAGAUAAUUCUGAUAACGGCUUUAAUCAGGAGAAGCAGGCUGAUACAUUGGCUAAUUUGAAUGGCAAUGAUUCAGUCAAACAAGCCCAGAGCAGAAAAAAGGAUGAACAUUCAAACCCAGGCAGUCCUGCCUUUCAGAGGAGGAAUUCAUCAAGAAGAAAAAUUCCCCUGCCUUCCAUUCGCUCUGAGAACAUUUUCACAUCCCAACAAGAACCAGAAUCUAAAGAGCCGACAGCCUCAACCACAACCAGUCAAGUGGUCUCUGCAAGAGGGGGCAGCAAAGCAUUCGCCCCAGCGCAGCCUGAAAGUGACCUCAAACCAGAAAAUGGUCUCUAUGGAGAGGAGGAUCCUUCUCAGUCAGCGUUUCCUUCCUCCCAGCCCCUCUCUGUUGUUCUGGAGGAACCAGGAAAACCGCUGUUGAAAGCGUGGGUGUCUCCCUCCGAAGCCCAGCCUGUCAGUACUCAGAGUAACAAUGGAGGUGGGCUAGGAUUGAGUCCACGCAGGCCUCAUCCAGUGAAGCCCAUGAGUUCAUCUGAUAGCCAGUCCACCAGCUCCCCUGCUGCUAAAGAGAUCAAAGUUUGGGACACUACCCCUGGGAAAAUUAAGCUGGAAGACUCUGUGGGAAGCGGCCCUUACAGUCAGCUGACCACAGAGGAGCUGAUCAAGCUGGUGGUCAAACAGCAGACCGACCUCUCCAAGAAAGACGCCAAGAUCACAGAGCUGGAGGAGUACAUCGACAAUCUGCUGGUCCGGGUCAUAGAGGAGAAACCCACCAUCCUGCAGUCUCUAACUGUUACCAAGCCAGUGUGAGCGAACAGAGAGAGGCUACUGAACUCUAUCAGAAAUGUAUUUAUACUGCUGUCAUCCUACUGAGAGGUAGAAGCACUAUGAAUGUCUUUUUAAUAUAUGCACUUUUAUUAGCUUGAGGUGUUUAAGAAGAUCUGCUGUAGUAACAAGCAGUGAAGUUUUAUUAUAUUUGAAAUUAAAGUCUUUAUUUAACUCUAAGGUACAGCAGAUUGAUUGGGUUUGUUUUAAACCAGCCUUAAUAAACUUGAUGUAAAGGACAGAGCACACUAUAGCUUUUUAGUUACCUCUUCUCUGAUCCUUUGUCUCGACUCUACUGCUUCCUGGUGAUUCAUCUCAUACCCAUCCUUUUUCAACAGUUUCACAUGUGUGUAUCUUUCCUUCCACCACUGAAGUCUUAAUCAUUAUAUUCCUUUUUUUUUUAAAUCCUUUUUGAAAGCUUCUGUAACCAACAGCCAUCACCUUGUAGCUAACACUGUGGGAUAUCACACUGCCUUUCAGUCCUUUCAGAACUAAUGUGCUCAUUGUUGCUGCAGGGGCUGUUCAGAAAACCAGCAGCUAAAAGCAAGUAGCUACUGCACUACGUGUCUUAUAUAAUUUUGUAUUUAUGCAUUUAACCAAGCUAUGCAAAACGGUUUGGGAUGUAGAGAAGUAAUUGUGCAGAAUCCUGUGUUUCUAUAGUUGAUCAAUUGUUUGGAUCACUCUGAUUGUCUGUUGCUACAUGUAUUAGAUAUUUACCAAAGAUAAUUAACAGCUAAUUGUUCUAAUCCAACCUAGUCUAGGUGUCAGAUUAAUACUAAUAAAAGCCAGAAAUAUUUCCUUUCAAUAUGCAAAGAACUGUGCCUUUUUAUGAGAUUUUGGAGAGAUUUGUUGGAUAAUAUCUCUUCUCUUUCAUCUCUAAAAUGUGUUGCUUAAUGAAUCUAAAACAUCUGUAACAUUUAAACUGUUUUGGUUUUAUUUGUAAUAAAGACUCUAACCUUUAUCUCAUUACACUCAUACCAAUUGUGU